UGGAUGAAGUCGAAGUCGAAGUCGAAGUCGAAGUCGAGGGAAAUACCGCUGGUCUAAUUCCCGGAAGGUUCCGAACAUCACGCAUUCCUCCAUCUUCGCCAUCUUCGUCAUCUUCCCAUUCGCUCGUAUGAAAAUCGCAUCGGAGAAGCCCGUCUUCAGACUGGUCUUCAUUCAGCUUCCGACUUCACCUUCCCGUCCUUACGGAUCUUAGGAGCAGUCCGCUUUUCUCCCUGCACUUGCUCUGUUUGGCCUCGCGAUUCCUCGACUUCAACCCACGUCGUUUAGGCCAGCGAAGCAUGAACAGAAAAAGAGAAGAUUGAAGAGUGGGUUUCUUUCGUUUAGUUUUAUUAGUGGGUUGGUGUUUUGGUAGUGACGGGUUUUGCAUGAGUACGUGCUGGUUAGGGUAGGCAAGUGAUUUUGAUAGGGUUUGGAGAGCGUAUGUGGCCAUGGAACCUUUGAACUUCGAUUACUCUGAUUGUAUCAACGUAGAUGAUCUUCCAGUAGACAGCCAUGGCUUUUCACCUGAUCCAGAUCGGUACCCGAGUCUCACGGAUGCUUUCUUUUCCGAUGACCCUUUUCUGGACCUUCAAUCCUCGAAUAGUGCUUUUCUUUCGGAUAAAGUAGACCCUGAAUAUGACCCCCCUCGAAAUCUAUCGACCUCGAUAUUGGAGAUUUAAUCUUUCCUUCCACAAGCGGGAGCUCAGGCAGAGGCCCAUUUGGUCCAUCUGUGAGCUCGAGUAGUGCCCCGAGUCCAGAGGGAGAUUCUCUCUCCCCAUCAGGGGACAUGGACUCACCGGAUCCUGUUCUAAAGUACAUAAAUCAGAUGCUUAUGGAAGAGAACAUGGAGGAGCAACCGUGGGAAUUUGCUGAUCAGGUUGCUCUGCUGAAUGCUGAAAAGUCAUUGUAUGAUGCCCUUCGUCAGCAGCAUUCAGAGGUGUCUGAUCAGAGCCCCUCACAGCUUGAUUUAAGCGAUUAUAUUGAGAGCCCAAAUAGCAACCUUUCUGGAAGUAGCAGUGCUCACGGAAGCCACGAUGCGACAAGCGUUACUAUUAGCUCUAGCGACUCUGCUGAUGCUAAUUUUCUUUACACUAUCGAAGAACAUAGCCGUGCUGGGCUGGAAAAUUUCGACCUUGAUGUUCAGUCGAGCGUGGAUUCGAGCUCGCAGUUGUUGUCUAAUUCUUCAAGCAGCACCAUGAAUUACGAUGAUGGGUCGGAGGAAUCUUUGCACGAGCUUCUUGUCAAGAGCAUUUUCAGCGAUAGUGAGUCUAUGAUUCAGUUCAAGAAAGGAUUAGAGGAGGCCAGCAAAUUCCUUCCUACCAACAAUCAAUUAGGAAUUAACCUAGAGGACAGCAAACCGCCAUCGCAAGCAAAGAAAGGAACCUCGAGAAUGCGCAUCAAUGAGGAUAUCAAUGUGAAGCGCUCAUCUGACGGAUUCAAGGGAUUAAAGAAUCACGAGAGAGACGAGGAUGCUUCUGAGGAAGGCAGGGCCAAUAAGCAAACAGCCUUGUACACAGAAGAGAGUGAGCUCUCUGAUUUGUUCGAUAAGGUGUUGCUAUGCAACGAAAAUCGUGGGGCUAUGUGUUCUGGCAAUGAAUCUGUGGAGAGAGGGCUGAGCAAAGACAUACGGCGACAAAGGAACAAGCGAGGUUCCAAUAGAGGUAAGGGUCGUGGUAAGAAGCAGGAAAGCAAGAAUACUGUUGACUUGAGAACUCUUCUGAGUCUCUGUGCACAAGCCAUCUCUACGAAUGAUUUGAGGACUGCUAAUGAAUUGUUGAAGCAGAUAAGAGAGAACUCUUCUCCAUCUGGCGAUGGGUCUGAAAGACUGGCCCAUUACUUUGCCAAUGGGCUAGAGGCACGAUUGGUGGGCAACAAGACUCGAACGCAAGACUUUUAUUCUACUAUUGUUGCCAGGAGGACCUCAGUAGCUGAUGUCUUGAAAGCUUACCACCUUCACAUUUCGACAUGUCCAUUUAAGAAGUUCUCCAUUUGCUUCGCAAAUUACAUGAUUUUGAAAUUAGCAGAGAAAGCCACUACCCUUCAUAUAAUAGAUUUUGGCAUUACAUUUGGUUUUCAAUGGCCAAUCCUUAUACAGAAACUCUCUUCUCGAUCAGAAGGGCCCUGUAAAUUGCGCAUCACAGGGAUUGAGCUUCCACAGACUGGUUUCCGCCCAGCAGAAAGAAUAGAGGAGACAGGUCGCCGUUUGAAAAAGUAUUGUGAACGUUUUAAUGUCCCUUUUGAAUUCAAUUGCAUAGCAUCAAGGCAUUGGGAAUCCAUUAAACUUGAGGAUCUCAAGAUUCAAAGCAAUGAGACAGUUGCUGUGAAUUGUUUAGAUCGGUUUAAAAGUCUCCUUGAUGAGACAGUCGAGGACAAGAAUCCACGUGAUGCUGUGUUGAAUCUAAUUCGGCAAAUGAAACCGGAUAUCUUUGUUCAUUCUGAACUUAGCGGCUCCUACAAUGCGCCCUUUUUUCUGACAAGGUUCCGAGAGGCACUUUUUCAACUUUCUGCACUGUAUGAUAUGUAUGAUGUUAUUUUAGACGGUGACAGCAAAGAGAGGUUGGUUUUUGAGAGAGAGUUCCAUGGAAGGGAAAUUAUGAACGUGAUAGCAUGUGAAGGUACGGAAAGGGUUGAGAGGCCAGAAACGUAUAAGCAAUGGCAGGUUCGUCAUAUGAGGGCUGGUUUUAAGGCACUUCCUCUGGACCAAGAGCUCAUGAAGUUGUUCAGGAGUAAGAUGAAAGCAUGUUACCACAAGGAUUUUGGGCUUAAUGAAGAUGGCAACUGGAUGCUGCUAGGUUGGAGAGGUCGGAUUGUUUACUGCUCCUCCUGUUGGGUGCCCGCUUAGGAUGGCUCCAAAAGGAAUGUUUUCUGUCAUAAUCCAUCCGUUCAUUGCAGGGAUUCUUCCCUGGUUGACAGGUCUAGGAAUUUUAUUAGAGUAGCUCAGACCGUACUGAUUUCCCACUCUUUCUGUUUGUGCAUGUAUAUUUUUAAUUGCAAACAAUUUUGAAUCUGCAAUGACUUCUUACCGUUUAUCAACCCUUGAGAUAGGAGGGUACAAUUUGCAGCAUCUACGCCACACCGCAUUACGAAUUUUGCCGAUGAUGUGUCGUGAUUUGUCUAUCCUGUAUCUCACAAGUUCUGCGAGAAACAAGGCAGCUCGAAGCUAAUAGUGGGUGUGGGUGCAGGAUUAUCAUGUACGGUCUGUGAUCUAUUGUUCACUAUUAUGCUAUGGUACUGAAAGCUGUUUAACUCUUUGAAAAAUUGAGUAUCCAAGGUGGGGCUGAUGGAGGAUGAUGUUUCCACGUGUGAUGCUGUCAAAUUAUGCUCAUGCCAAUGUUGUGUAUCUUCGCAAGGGCAAUUGAACUUCUGGAUCCUUUCUGGCAUUCUGGCAUUGUAUUUGUAUCUUUGUUUGUAUGGGUCAAUUGCUGGUUUAUAUACAAGGGAGAUCAAGUAUGUGAUUAAACUAGUUAAUGUAGAUAUAAUGGAAUUCUCUUGCAA